AUGUGGGGUUUUUUGACAGACGUCGCUAGCCACGUCGCAAACUUUGCUGCAAACCUUUGUGAUCCAAUGACCAAACACUCUCCAUUUGGAGAGCCGCUCAACAAUGAGGACAAGCAGAUUGUUGAAGAAGUCCGACAACGUAUUGGACAGAAGAUGCAUCCAAAUUUCAACACGGAUUUCAAUGUGUACCGUUUCGUUAUGGCUGCCAUGCGUAAUCAUAAGAAGCAAAGAGACAUUGUGAAGCAUGCAGUGGAGGCUCUCAACAACCAUCUUCGCUACCGUAAAGCUCUCGGUCUUGACGUCGAAUACAUUCCAACCUUUGAUGAGAACCCAAUAUUCCAAAAGAAGCUCAUGCCACGUGGCGAGAUUCUGACCAAGACUGAUAACCAGAAUCGGUUGCUGUGGUACAUUGAAUACGCUUCAAUCACCGUUGAGAGCAUUGCUCACUCUCUUAGCAGCUCAGAAGCCUGCAAAUAUCAAUUCUUGCAAUUCGAGCACAUGCUCCGUAAGGUUAUGGAGCAGGAGGAACGCACUGGCUGCUUGAGUUCUCUUCGCCACAUCGUCAACAUGGAUGGAUACGAGAUCAAUCCAUUCACAAUGCUUUUUGUCAGCAGUGGAACGUUGGCGUACUACUCUCAGCUGUUCCACUUUGAAAACUAUCCAGAGCUGGUUACACCAGUCGACAUGGUCAACAUUGCCACAUGGAUUCACGUUCCAUACAGACUUGCAAAGACGAUGAUGCCAGCUGGUUUCUCGGAAAAGUUCCGUCUUCACGACAAACAUUUCUUGAAGACGCUCACCGCCGAUAUUAAACCAGAAGACAUUCCAGUCAGUCUUGGAGGAACUGAUGCGGAUAUCAAAUUCGAAAACGCCGAAAAGGUUGAGCCACAUCGCUACUGGAAAGUUGAGAAGGCCGAUUUGGUGGAAGCCCUUGAAGGAUUCCAUAUCAACACUGGAAAAAGUCGUCAGGUGGUGAUCAAUGUCACUCAAGCUCAGAGAGAGCUCAAAUGGUACUUUGCCACAGAUGCUGACGUCUACUUUGGUGUCUUCUAUGAGGUAUUAAAAAAUAAGAUUUUAGAUUUUAAUAAAUUUUUCUAUUUCCAGGGCGAUUCGAUCAAUAACAACUUUGAGGAACACCCAAAUCUGGACAAUUUGGAGAUGGUGUACCCAUGGUUGAAGAUCACAGCAAAGUUGGUUCAUGAGAAAGACGGAAUCAAAUUGAAUCGUGUUGGAAGAUACCGUAUUGUGUUCAACAACAAACACACAUGGGUCGCUAGACGAUAUGUUCAAUUCUAUGGACAGAUCCAAGACGGCGACAACUCCUACAAGCGCCUCUUCACCGAUGGUACAAUGGUUGGCGCCGAACCACUACUCUAA